AUGGACACCACCAAUUCACACAACAACCCCUCUCCCCCGAAACCACUACACCAACCCGCCCCAAUGGAGGAAGCAGAAGUACCCCCCCAACCACCCCAACCCAGCGGCAGCUCGGAACCCAGCACCCCAGAACCCAACACCCCCCCGGAACCCAGCACCUCCGCACCCAACCCCUCCGCACCCCCCAACCCCAACCCCAACCCCAACAGCACCAACUCGCAGCAGGACAAGGACUCGGACUCCGACAACGCCAACGACGAGCCCUACCGCCCCCCGCGCCCGCCCCCCGAGCCCGUGCACUGGAUCUUACGCCUCAUCCGCACGCCCUUCCUGCUCAAGCUGCCGUGCAUCUUCGCACUGACCAUCUUCAUCCAAUGCGCCACGCACACGGUGCCGUGGGCGCUGCUGAGCGCGCUCGCGCAGUGCAUGGCGGCGACCUUUGCGGCGCAGACGGCUGUGGGCGUGGCGUCGGUGCUGUGGCGGAGGGAGUGGUUGUAUGAUUUGUGUGGGGCGGGGAAUUUUUUGGUGGUGGUUGCGUUGAGUUUGGGGGGUGUUGCGGGGGGUGGGGAGGGGGGUGACGUUGCGCUGAACACGGUCCCGAGCAGCGGGUUUACCGGCGCCGGUUGGCGCACGCCGAAUGUCGUCUCCUUCAUUACGGGGCUCUUCCGGUGUGGCUGGUUCUGGCUCGGCUUGUGGUCCGUUUUCAGGGGCCUCAUGAUCGAGUGUGUAGCAGACUGGCAGUUGUCCAAGUGGCGCUGGGACAGGUACCAGGGGAAGCACAACGAGGUGUUUUGCGGGACGAAUCUUUGGGACAGGAGCCGGCAUCCCAACUACUACGGCGAGUGCCUGAUAUGGCUUGGAAUCGCCAUGUCUUGCUCUUCGGUCGUCAUAUCGACAGCUGCUCGGGGAGCGCUCGGGCUGGGGUGGUUUGCCGUUGUGGUGUGGUGCGGCAUCACGCCGUACUUUGUCUACAAGAAGCUGCGGAACUUCAGCAUCGUAAUUAUCGAGGAGAAGUACGACAGGCUGUACAUGAGGCGGAAGGAUUAUCGGAACUGGAGGAGGUCGCGGACGUUCCGGCUCUGGCUCGACGGAUCCGGUAUCAUCUGGGGAUACAUCUGA